UGCGCUACUGAGCCAUUCCAGGAUGACUUUAGCUGCUGGAGGAUUUUGCAUCUGAUCGCCCAUCACCAUCAGAAGCUGAGAUUUUUUUUUAAUUAUUUUUUGGGUUUCCUUCCCCUCCCUUCCCCCCCUUUCCCUUUUCUUCCCCCACCUCCCCCCUUUUGUGUUUUUCUUUUUGGGGGGGCUGAAGAGCCACUGGUUGUCAUGGAUCUGUGUCUUUGCCCUACAAAGUGCAGUUUCUGGAGGAUUUUCUUAUUAUGGAGCCUUUGGCUGGACUACAUGGGUUCGGUGGUAGCUUGCCCAGCGAAUUGUGUUUGCAACAAGACUGAUAUCUCCUGCUUUAAACCGGACGAAGGCAACAUAUUUCCCCUAUUGGAAGGGCAGGAAUCGGGAGCCAGCAAUGGGAGCAGCAGCCUCAACAUCACUGACAUCUCCAAGAACAUCAUUUCAAUAGAAAUAGAGAACUGGAAAGGAUUACACACAUUGAAUGCGGUGGACAUGGAACUUUACACUGGACUCCAACGGCUAACAAUCAAGGACUCGGGACUCAGGAGUAUACAGCCGAGGGCGUUUUCCAAGAAUCCACAUUUGCACCACAUAAAUCUUUCAGGAAACCGUCUGACAACCUUAUCGUGGCAGCUUUUUCAGAAUCUAGAGCUUACAGAACUGAAAUUAGAAAACAACCGUUUCAACUGCAGCUGUGACAUUCGUUGGAUUCAAAUUGGUCAUUCUAAGAAUGAAGCAAAUUUAGGACGUCAGUCACUUCAGUGUAUGAACAGGGAGGGUCGGUUUAUCCCCCUACAUAGUAUGAAUAUCUCACAUUGUGAUGUCCCCGAGAUCAGCGUCAGUCACAGCAGUUUGGUGGUCCAUGAAGGGGACAAUGCUGUGGUCACCUGUAAUGGGUCUGGGUCACCCUUACCAGAUGUGGAUUGGACUGUUACGAACCUACAUUCAAUUAACACACAUCAGACCAAUGUCAAUUGGACCAAUGUGCAUUCUAUUAACCUGACCCUAGUGAAUGUCUCCGGAGAAGACAACGGCUACGCCUUGACCUGCAUAGCAGAAAAUGUUGUGGGGAUGACCAACGCAACUGUAUUACUCACUGUCAAUUACCCACCACGGAUCCUGAGUUUGAAGGAGCCGGUAUCGCGUCUCGAGCAUUGUAUAGAAUUUGUGGUACGAGGGAAUCCACGUCCAGAACUAACCUGGUAUCAUAACAAAAUGGCUUUGCGGCAGGUGGAUUUCAUACGUACAGAAUACUAUGGGCAGGACAAUGUUCUGGAAGGAUGCCUAUUAUUUAAUAAACCUACACAUUAUUACAAUGGAAAUUAUACCUUGGUUGCUAAAAAUAAGUAUGGAGCUACUAACCAAACUGUUUAUGCACAUUUCCUGGAACAGCCAUAUCCAUCAGAGAAUACUGACUAUUUUGUUUCAGUAGCAGAUUUUGGAAUAAGUCCCACGCCUCCAAUCAGCGUGACUCAUAAACCAGAAGAGGACACUUUUGGCGUUUCAAUAGCAGUUGGCCUAGCAGCGUUUGCAUGUGUCCUUUUAGUGGUUCUGUUCAUAGUCAUCAACAAAUAUGGAAGACGUUCCAAAUUUGGUAUGAAAGGUCCCGUGGCAGUGAUUAGUGGGGAAGAAGAUUCUGCCAGUCCUCUUCAUCAUAUUAACCAUGGAAUAACCACACCAAACUCCCUAGAUGCAGGACCGGACACUGUGGUCAUUGGAAUGACACGGAUUCCUGUUAUUGAAAAUCCUCAAUAUUUCCGCCAGAGCCACAAUUGUCACAAGCCAGAUACGUAUGUUCAAUAUAUAAAGAGAAGAGACAUUGUUCUGAUGAGAGAACUCGGGGAAGGAGCGUUCGGGAAGGUGUUCCUUGCUGAGUGUUAUAACCUCAGUCCAACCAAAGACAAGAUGCUUGUUGCUGUCAAGGCCUUAAAAGACCCGACAUCAGGAGCCCGCAAGGACUUCCAGAGAGAGGCGGAGCUUCUUACGAACCUGCAGCAUGACCACAUCGUUAAGUUCUAUGGAGUAUGUGGUGAUGGAGACCCACUUAUUAUGGUGUUUGAAUAUAUGAAGCAUGGAGAUCUCAACAAGUUCUUGAGAGCCCAUGGACCUGAUGCCAUGAUCCUUGUUGAUGGGCAGCCAAGACAGACUAAAGGAGACAUGGGCCUGUCACAGAUGCUAAAUAUUGCCACACAGAUUGCUUCAGGAAUGGUUUAUCUGGCAUCUCAACAUUUUGUACAUCGAGACCUGGCCACCAGGAACUGCUUAGUGGGAGCAAGCCUGCAAGUUAAAAUUGGAGACUUUGGCAUGUCCAGAGACGUCUACAGUACAGACUACUACAGGGUGGGAGGUCAUACAAUGCUGCCGAUUCGCUGGAUGCCACCUGAAAGCAUUAUGUAUAGAAAAUUUACCACAGAGAGUGAUGUGUGGAGUUUUGGAGUUAUCCUUUGGGAGAUUUUCACAUAUGGAAAACAACCUUGGUUCCAGCUCUCAAACGCAGAGGUUAUUGAGUGCAUCACACAAGGACGUGUUCUGGAGAGACCAAGAGUGGCCCCAAAGGAAGUGUAUGACAUUAUGCUGGGAUGCUGGCAGAGAGAGCCUCAGCUGCGGUUAAACAUCAAAGAAAUUUACAAGAUUCUUCAAGCCCUAGGAAAGGCCUCUCCAAUUUAUUUAGACAUCCUGGGCUAACCAAGGCCAUUUGUGAAAUUGUUCUGACCCUAGUUACCCUUUUCUUCCUUAUUCCUGCCUUUCCAAGAAACAAAAAAUGUCUUCAUAUUAAAAAAA